GUCCCAACUCUCUGUGUGCUUCAUCUCCAUCAAGGGCAAGGGGAUUCCCAUCUGGAGGAGCGCCGAGAGUGUCGGAUGCGUGGAAUGAAGAGAUGUGAAGGAAUCACAUCUAUCACCACUCACUGCUCAGCAGCCAGUUUAGGAUGACCGGCGAGGGCCAAACACAAGAUGACGAGCUCCGAGAUCUGUCCAUCGAGGACGCGACAGAGCUAAGGGCUUUUUUGGAGAAGCGACGAUGGUUUGAGACAAAGCUGCAAGUGCUCGAGGCGACUCCACCGCUGUACCCAUUUGUUCAUCCCACCUUAGACACCUCCUUCUCAUCAGUUGGCUCUGGUCCGCGAUAUGUCACGUCAAAUGGCUGUCGAUCCCACCUCCCCUCAGCUGAUGAGAUCAUUAGUUGGCAGUCAGAAAGAGAUGCGCUGGAGGAAGAAGUCGAUGCAUUUGAUGGAGGCGAUUUGGAGAAGAUGAAGCAGAAAACGAGAGAAGUCACAUCAUUGCCACUCACCGCACCUUCAACGCAUUUGAUAUCUAUCACUCUUGACCUGAUCGUCGUGGUGGAUCGCCUGCUCACACUGUUGCGUCGACGGAUGGAGGUUCUGGAACUCACGUCACUGCGCCUCAAGUGGGAUCAACUACGCUGGGACAUCCUAUCCGAGACGAAUCAGAUCAGGGAUGAGAUAGAAGCCAUUAUCGUAGGAAAAGGGAGGUGGAAGCCUCCUGUCGCCCGCGUGGUACAGUCCAGCCCUCGUCCGAGGCGGGAAGGCAGAUUAGUUGAAUCGCAAGGAUGGGAUCCUGCCUCUUGCAUGACUCCUUCGCUGAGCUCUGCUGCCAUCGAGGGCAUCGCAUCGUCGUCGUCCACCUCCAGCAACUUGUCAGCGAUGACUGUGGACGUCACCCCCUGUCGAAUGAAUGACCCCGACAGGAGGAGCUCGCCCUCAGACGUCUCACUUUCGACAGCCUCACGCGAAGCCAGCACUCCAACACGAGUUUUACUGGGCCUCCAACUCCUGCAUUCCCAGAUCAGCAAUGUAGAGAUACGACACAAGAAUUUGACUUCGACCUUGGUCGCACGGAGUGGCAAGAUUCUGGACAAGAUGGUGGAUGUUGCCGGACCCUUGAACGGUCUAGGCGGAAUUGAUGGACCCUUCAAGCACGAGAUCGGAGGUAGUGCUGUGCCUGAUGAACUAUUGGAUUUACAAGACGAGAUGGAGGAACAAGUCGGACAAGCCAGUGCGGGACUGGCAUGGUGCAAAGCUUUAGAGAAGCAAUGGAUAUUUGCGGAUGCUCAUUUUGCAAACUCAAGUCGCAUCGGUGCGAAAGCUUCACAAUUGUUGGCGGGAACGCAAGACGCUCUGUCUCAGCCUACGACAUCGCAGAAAGCUUUCGAGCUCGAGGAAGUCCUCGGAGCGCUGCAAAGAGAUCUUGGUGGAGAUCCAACAGACUUGAUACCUCGUCCGCGGACGGUGGACCUCAUUGACGUCACAGAUCAUUCUGAUGAAGUGCUCGCCAUGCUGAAGACAGUCUGGUUGGAGGCAGCGCAGAGGGUCGAGGCGUGUCAAGCCGCCAUCGCGUUCUAUCGCAAAUUCGCCGAAUCUGAGCAGAAUUUGCUGGCUUUAAGGGACACUGUGAAGGACACUCAAAUGUCUUUGGAAGCGAGAAGCACACAUCUUGCACCCUUGCUUGACGACGCAGUGCGGACCCUUUUGCUGCGGUCACCGAACGAGCCCGGACUCGUGUCCGUUUGCGUCGAAACGACCGGAUCCAGCUGUGAAGAGACUUGUGGCUUUGUUCGAGAUCUGUCAGUGGACGCUAGAAAGUCAGUGCAAGUGGCCACGCUCGCGGCCAUGCGACACCGAGCGCUACUCAAGUCGACCCCAGAAUCUUUGCUGGAAGAGACGGCGGAUCCCCUAUCGAGUGUCAUUGCGAAUAACGUGGAAGAUUUGGCAAGUACUUUGCUUACUCAAAUAGAGACAUCAGAACGCCAGAUCGAAGAAGCUACAGCAAAUAAGGCUCUGCUGUCAGCUUUUGAUCAAAUCGAUCGUGAACUCGUUACCCUGUCCUCCGAAGUUCAACGAACGACCGCGCUUUUGGACUCCAUAGACAGAAAUGUACCGGCGGAAGGGGACGUUGACAAAGCCACCAGGACUUGUCACAUCCUGCAAAGACGGUUGCAAGUGGGCAUUGGCGCACCCCGGCAAAUGCUCGACACGCUUUUGUCUCAACGAAGUGCACUGUCACCAUUCAGGCAGAAUUUGAACCGACGAUGCAAUACACUUGCUUCUUCGAUCGCGACAAUGGAAAGGAUGCUGGACGCCUUCGAGUGUACGGUACAGCAAGGACAGAUUUUGCGAGACAUUGAGGAAGAGUCGAACACAAUGCUUGCACAAUUUGCCAGCAUUGAGAAGGACAUGGACGAUCGACCAGGAAGACCGCUCAUAGCGCUGCCUGAUCUCGAGAAUCGCAUCUCGCAAAUUUCAGCCGAGGUCACCGCGUGGGAAUCUUCGCUGUCAAAGCGAAUGACUUGGCUUCCCACGUCCCCACACAACUCGGCACAAGUCAAGAAAAUGAUUCGUCCAGAGUUUCCGGAUCUUCACCUCUCCAUCUCUCAACUUCCAAUCACCCCGCCGGCCUCACCCCCAUUGGGUGCUGAGAGCCUUGUAGCAGAGGAUGCCCUUGGUCUACUCUUCCAGGAUCGCAACGCCGAUGCACGCCAGAAGGUCAACGAGAUGUCUGCAAGGGUUCAAUCUGGACUUAUGAGUCUCACAGCUGUUCUGAGUGGCUUGCGAGAUUCCUCCCAGCACCAUUCCACUGGCGCCACGGGAGAGGACGUCUCUAAAGACGUCUUUGGACUGAUUGCGACCGUUGUUACCGCCCACCUUGGGCUAGCAAAAGCAGGACAAUCUGUACACAGCAUCGAAAAUCUGGUCACUCGUUUGGAAGGUCUGAAAAUGGACGAUAUUGUGCGACCGACAAGAGCUCAACUCACCAUUAAUGCAGAGCUUCGAAGACUCCCCAGGUCUCCUACAGCGAAACGCAUUCGAUCGGAGCUUCUUCUCCUGAGCGGAGAACUUGACGAGCUCGAGAGUCAUCCGGGAGCCAAGACUGAUUCCGAACUAAGGGAUGCCCGAGCUCGCCUGGAUCGAGCGAACGCUGAUGUGGCGAUCCUUGAUCGCCUCGUUGCUUUUUCGGCCGCUACAGAGGACUGCGACGUGCGGUUCAGCGAUCUCAUAGACGUCAUGGACCGAGAGCCUACGAGCCUUUCAGCUGUGUCUCAUGCUCAGACAGUGGCUAUCCGUGCUGUCGUUCGUUUGCAGAACGCUGCACAGCCUGUAAAUGAUGAUCUACGCGUGCCUCCGACUCUGCGCCGUGUGCUCAGGACAUGGACAGAGAUUCAAGCUAUGGCCGAAGCGAUACUCUACCCAUGCCCAAUUUUGAUUAAAGACAAGCAGGAUGACAUGUCGAUAUCAACAAGUAGACCGCCGUCAAGACUCAGCAUGGGUCGCGAACAAGGAACUGAAUCGAGAUUGUCUACGAGCCGUCCGUCCUCCUCUCGACAGUCUGGCCGAACUGCGUCGAGUCCAUUGAUCAGCACUGCGAAUUACUUGUCGCCCACCAAAUCUAGUCAGGCACGAUCAGUCUCCGACAGUAUGCGGUCGUCCAUCAGCUCGUCCAGAAUACCGAGAGCCCGUGUCGACUCCAUGCGUUCAAUCUCUAGCUCGACUCGCGCACCUCUGUCUACUAUUGGAUCGCCACUGUCAAACUUCGACUGGGACCCACCCGGCGAUCCAAUGGCCUCAUUCUCGUCCGCAAGAUCCACUCCUCGUCACUCUCUGGGCGUCAAUAUCAAGACGUCGAGGACAGGUGCGGCGCCGCGUCCGUCGGAUCCAAAGCAAACGCGAUACGAAUAUCGAGCGGAUCCGAAAAGCGAGCUCGAUAUUGCUGUAGGAAAGGUGAUGAACGAGCUCAAGGUGGAUGUUCCAAUCCGACCUGUCGGUCUGGAGACUAGUGAUCAAUGGCAGGACCAAUCUGGCAAAUAUUGGAUAGGCGCCGAGGGCAGAGCGAAAUUGUGUUUCUGCCGAAUCUUGAGAUCCAGAACCGUCAUGGUCCGGGUCGGUGGUGGAUGGGUGGAGUUGUCCAGAUUCAUUCUGGAGCACUUCGCAUCACAUUUGGAGUCGUGGCAGCCUCAACCUGUCGAUGAGAAUACUCGAGCGCUAGCAAUUGGGUCAUCUAUCCCUAUACCCAUCACGGCGACAUCACUCAAGACCCCGGCGAAAGCCUCGUAUAAGUCCCUCUCAGCGAGCAUGACGGGUUCCACACGCCCAUCCGUUGCUCGUAAGUCUACACCUGCUCAGCAAGCGGCCAUUGCGAAUCAGUUUGACGAGAUCUUCACCCCGAGGCGAGGGCAAGCAGAUGAUCGUCGGGACAGUAGCGGAGGGGAUGGUAGUCCACUAUUCCCUCUUUAGUUCAUGCGCAAAGCUAGCGAGUCACCGCCAGUGAGAGAGCAGGAGAAGGAGAGGUAUCAGACUGGGAAGAGAUCGAUCUUAGGCAGGGGUCAGUAGUUAUGUUUGCAUUGUAGCAUAUCUUUUGUUGUACAUAUACGCACGCUGAAUGGUAGCUUUGUGAGACUGAAGCGCCACGAUUCACCAAAAC